AUGAUGUUAGGUAGUAAUAAUUCAUCUACAUAUCUAUUAGGAAGUAAUUCAAGAAGACUUUCAGAUGAAAGUUUUUCCGAUGAUAAUGACGAUUCAACACAUGCAAAUGGUAAUUUAAUAAAUCAUAUGAAUAAUAAUAACAAUUCUAAUGAUGAUAAUAUUCGUCGAUAUCGAACAGCUUUUUCACGUGAACAAUUAGCAAGACUUGAAAAAGAAUUUCUUCGAGAAAAUUAUGUUAGUCGACCAAGACGUUGUGAAUUAGCAGCUGAAUUACAAUUACCUGAAUCAACUAUUAAAGUUUGGUUUCAAAAUCGACGAAUGAAAGAUAAAAGACAAAAAUUAGCAUUUGCUUGGCCAGGUUAUCCUGGUGAUGCCUUCUCCUAUUUUUCUUAUAUGUAUGCUGUAGCUGCCUCUGGCUAUCCACAUCCUCCAAACCAAUCAGGUAUCAAUCCAAUAAUGCCACCAAUGAAUCCUUUAGCAAGUAAUUCUGUUCGAUUAACGACUACUACAAAAAAUCGAUCCAUUUCAACAUCUCAACUACUUAAUGGAUCAACAGAUACAGUAACAUCAUGUUCAUCUGCAUCCUCGCCAACAUCAUCUAGUUCAUCACCCAAACAAAAUCAUCAUCAUCAUCAUCAACAACAACAUUCACCUUUAAAAUCUAAAAUAAAUUUUGCUUUACCAGCAAUGGGUUUAGCUUCAUUUUUACCAAAUGCAGUGAAUGAAUCAACAACAAAUACAUAA